AGCCGGUGUGAAAUCAGACAUUUCGCUACGUGAAUGCUGGUCGUUCAGACCGCCUUGUUCUCGGCCCUUGCGGGCUCCGCUGCUUGGUAUCGCAGCGUGGUUGAAGCGAGCUGUGUGUCCCCGAUGUGUCUACAGGCGGCACACAAUCGGAAAAUGUCAUGACGAAGCAGUGGUAUCGACUCAAUACCACUGCAGGCAUCUCGCCUGGAUUGAUUGAGGAACUGCCGUUUCUGCAGUCAAACAACCAAGCAGCUUCAGUUGGCAAAUGCCGCGCGGCACGACGCCGUUGGGACACCGCCUUGAAGAAGGAUGCCUUCCCAUCGGGACAGAAUUGUUCCGAGGCAAUGUCGCUGCGCCGCGCCGCUCUACUUCUAAAAGCCGACUAUCCAUCGGUGUUUCACAUCGCUUGGUGCUGCUUCAAACAACACUUGCUGAAAAAGACUGCCAUCUGCUCAACAGCACAACACCGUCUCUCUUCGUGAAUCGCUUCAGCAACCAGUCUGAAGUACAUGUACUACUCGCGUAGAUGAAACUACUGCCAAUUAGUGGGGUGCUGCUGCAGCCAGUGGGCCUAGCUGACGAGAACUGGUUGAGCAUCCAACAAUUUACAUUGCGCGUCGGGCUCAUUUAACCCCUAACAAUUGAUGUCGAGCACCACAUGUACGCGAAGAAGCGCUGCUGAGCGGGUUCGCUUCGGCUUGUCUGCAGCAGCUCCUGCUUCUGCUCCUUGACGAGUGCUUCACCGACAUAGAGCACAAGAGACGGCGGGCGGCGCGAAUUUUGUAUCGUAGGCUUGCUCGUCGGUACAGUUCAAGACUUCAGCGAUUCAAAGCCUGCACACGAGCCCAAGAUGUUGUAGCAAGCUUUCGAACUCGCUCGAAAUCGUGUUGAGCUUUGCAUCAAAAAUUCAAAUUUAAAACUUUGACGAACAUAACUUCACAGGUGAAGAAGGUAUUGAAGAACUCGAUGCAAAAAAGAGAACAGUUUUGAGGACAAACACGCCAUGGCCAAAGAGGCAUCGGCUCGGGGCGAUUGGACGCCAGAGCCGGCAUGCCACGGAGACAGGACCGCUGCAUGUCAAACGUGAAUAGCUUCGUUUUCACGCACCAACAGAAACUAGCCACCGAUGGAGCUGUUCGCUUACAUGAUCACAGCCAUCGCAACAUGCACAAUUACUGCGCCGAGCGCCAAUUCGACAGGAUGAUUCAAUGCGUUUUCGUUUAACAUGUUAUAGUAGAAUAUACCAAGUACUUGGCAAACGCA